UUCGCAUUCAUGCAUACAGCUGGUUCCACAAGACGAACCCGCUCGCGCUCGGAGUACCAGCGGCCUCGAGCCCAGAUGCGGCUCUGACUCCUCUGGCGCGCGUUGGGCGGGAGGCUAUGAUAAAGACAGAGCUAGGUAAAUAACACACAGUAUAACAUAAACGACAUUGAAUGCGAGCUAUAGCAAGGUUGGAUUGUUGGAAUUCUCGACAUUUAACCCUGAUAUUAACUUCAUCAGCAGCCGAUACAGACAGACAAAAGGAAGGGAGACCGCCUCUUGUUCAUUCCAACCCGCCUUUCAAUGUGAGCUGCCCGCAGUACCUUGACGGGAAAGAUGCGACGAAGAAGAUGCGGCUUUUUUAUGGUUUUAUCCUUGUUACUACAGCUGGGGAUAGUAGAUGUUUUAUCUGGUGACCAUGACCGCUACAUGACCAGGACCGGUGGCGGGAGGCGGUGGUCGGACCACCCAGUCCUGGUGUACCGUCACGUGGACCAAGAUGGCCAGGAGAGGUCCCUGGGUCUGGAGACACCUGUGUGGCAGCGCGGUGGGGACAGGGACAGUCUCCAUGCUAUGGUUAACAUCCUCCAUGCCCAACACCAGGCCAGACUGGACAGCUUCAGGGACAUGGACAGUCUCCAGGCCCAGACCCAGGCCAGGGUGGACAGCCUCCUCACCCAGUCCGCCCAGACCCAUGUCAGGCUGGACAAGCUGAUGCCCGCUGCCCUGCUGGAGUCUGGGUUCCGCCAGGCAUCCCGUGGGCAUGGAGCCGUCAGCCUGCUGGCACAGCCGGAGCAGGAGGUGCGGGUGGAGAAUGCUCCAGUCUCGGCACGCCAUAUCGUCACCGUGAACCUGCAGGUUGAUGUGAGGAGGUUAAACGUGUCUCUCCUAAGGCGGUUCAGAGAGGGGGUAGCUGCAGCUCUGGACAUCUCACCCAGACACGUACACAUCAACAGACUCAAUGAGAGGAAGAAUGGCAUUGAGCUGUAUGUGUCAUCUGAUAGGCCAGGGGCCACGGAGCCCCUCCCAGCAGAGGAAGUUAUCCAAUCACUGAAUAUCAACAUCCUGCAUCGUAGCCUGGGUCACUUCGGCAUCACAGAGGUCUCCUCAGAGAAGAAUGUGCUACAGGAUCAACAUGAGAGGGACAAUGUUUGGACUAAAGAGGGAUUCUUUGCUAUGGUCAUCUUCCUCACCAUCUUCAUCAUCAUCAUCACCUGUUUGAUGGUCCUCUACCGUAUGAAGGAGAAGGUUGAGUAUUCUGACAGGCAGAUCAAAGAGCAGCCUGUGUUCCCCAGCCGCGACCUUCACCUGACCCCUGUCACCAUCCCACCCCCGGUCCCGCUGCACGACGACGUCGGAGCCCAGACCCAGUCCCAGGUCCCCUUCUCUAGCAGCAUGGUGCAGGUGGAGCCCGCACCCCCUUCUACGCCCACAUCCAUACCUACACCCAGAGCUUGCCGUCCUCCACCCAUCACCCCCACCCCCAUCCCUGUCGCCACCAACACCAACACCUCCAGCUCCAGCUGUGGUCCUCCGCAGCUCCCCCCAGCCCACGAGAAACCCUGCCUGUCAGCCAACCCCUCUCCCUUCAGGAUGAAGCCUGCCGCUUGCCUCCAGGAGAGGAGAGGUUCCAACGUAUCCUUAGUGCUGGACAUGUCCUCCCUGGCAGCGGUGGAGCCCCUGAACGGUGGGGUGGUGACCCCCAGAGAGAGGGCUACUCAGGAGUACCUGCAGUCAGCCGGCCGGACCCUGUCCAGACAGCAGCUACGAGACGUGGUGCUCAACACACAGACGCUACACGCAGAGUUCGCUGAAAUCCCAAUGAACUUUGUGGAUCCAAAGGAGAUGGACAUUUCCAGUCAUGGAACCAAAAACAGAUACAAGACAAUACUGCCAAAUCCACAUUCCAGAGUGAUCCUGAGGACCAAGAGCUCCUUCGACCCUCUCAGCAGCUACAUCAACGCCAACUACGUUAGGGGUUACCUAGGCGAUGAGAAGGCUUACAUUGCCACCCAAGGUCCCAUGAUCAACACAGUGAAUGAUUUCUGGCAGAUGGCCUGGCAGGAAGACUGUCCUGUCAUCGUCAUGAUCACCAAGCUCAGGGAGAAGAACGAGAAAUGUGUUCUGUACUGGCCGGAGAGGCGUGGUUUCUAUGGCAAGGUGGAGGUGCUCAUCAACAGCGUGAGAGAGUGUGACAACUACACCUGCCGGACCCUCACCCUGAAGCAAGGGGCCCAGAGUCGUGUGGUGAAGCACUACUGGUACACAUCAUGGCCGGACCAUAAGACCCCAGACAGCGCCCAGCCCCUGCUCCAGCUGAUGAGAGACGUGGAGAAGGACAGGACGGGCUCCCCAUCGCAGGGACCCGUCAUCGUACACUGCAGCGCAGGGAUUGGCCGAACGGGCUGCUUCAUCGCCACGACGAUAGGCUGUCGUCAGUUGGAGCUGGAGGGAGUGGUGGAUGUGCUGGGGAUUGUGUGUCAGCUCCGAGCGGACAGAGGCGGGCUGAUCCAGACAGGGGAGCAGUACGAGUUUGUGCACCACGCCUUAAGCCUCUUCCAAACCCGCCUCUCCGCCGACACCGGCCAAUGAACAAGGACCAGGAAGUUUUCACUGGAUGCGCUAGGUUUUUUCCAGGAAGUGGAAUUGAAUUCCCCCCUAGCGGGAAGGACCUAUCUUACCUGGUGACUGUGAGGUCAUGUGACUAAUGAGGAAGUGGAUGUCUGGGUGACGAUUGGAGGGUAGAUGUCCUUGUGGGCUUAGUCUUUGUGGACAUGUAUGGACAGCCUGCACUGCUAUUGGCUGAUUGAUUGAGUCUCCUUACAGAGAGAGAGAUGGAGGUGUGGACAGGUGAUUUUGUCUCUGAAUGUAAUCUAUCUUUUCUUCUCUUCCUCCUCCUCCUCUUCCUCCUCCUCCUCUUCUUCUUCUACUACUACUUCCUGUCGUUCGUGAGCAGCUCUGCUUCUGAAAACGUUGUUGUGAGCAACCUGCCUCUGUCCAAUCAAACUCUCUGAUACUGCAGCUCUGUCCAAUCAGAUUGCCUGAUAUUGAUUCUGUAGUAUAUACCUACACUCUGACCUCUUACUAGUAUGUGCUAGAUGGGUAGGUAGUCUAUGGUCCUUGAAUCGUCCAUGGUGUUUCUAUUAAAAUGCAAAAGGUACAUUGUCGAAAUGAAUAGCACUUGUCUAUGUGACUUUACUAGGAUAUUUUUGAAUUACGAUUAUUUUAUUUUUGAAAACUAUGUGCUGUUAUACAAAGGGUAUUAUUCUAAAGACUGUUAUAUUCCAUUGGUGGUUGGCUUUUUUCUCAUUAGCACACUAGAAGCUGCCCCUCUGCCAUACGGUAUACCUCUGAUAGCAUGUUGAUCAUCCAUUGAAACAUCAGUGUAUGUAAGGUGAGGGAACGAUUGGGCCUGUCUGGUACUACAGAUCAAAAGGUCUUUACGCUAUGGGCAUGGCCAUUAUACACACUGUAUUGGAAGCCAAUAACAAAAACCAGCCGACACGCGGCCCUCCAGGAAUUGAGUUUGACAGCCAUGCUGUAGGCCACCCUAUAGAUCUACUUUGUUCACAGAGAACUGUCAUGGCCGACCGUGUGGUCCAAUGUUGUUCCAUGCCAAAGCUCGCUCUUAUCAGUUACUGUGUGAUCUACCCUGGCUCUGAAAUGGCAUGGCAUUUCAUCAGUAAAUCAAUCUUACUACCAAAAUAAUAAUUGUUUCCAGACAAUAAUUUAUUUUCCAUUCCUUAGCUUUCAAAUCCAUCCUUAGGUAUAUUGCGUUUGACAAUUAAAGGCCCAGUGCAGUCAAAAAUGUGAUUUUUCCUGUGCUUUAUAUAUAUAUUUACACACUAUGAUGUUGGAAUAAGUACCUUACACAAGUAAGGCACUUAAUUGUUACCCAGAAAUGAUUUGAUAUUGAGAUAAAAACGGCUGCAUUGGACCUUUAAGCGUCACAGAUAAUUAUAUGACCACAUUCUUUACCAAAAUGUAAACUUUAGCAUUUAAAUGACAAUGGUGCACUCAUGCUAUGUUUAAUUGCUGAUCAUAUAGAUUAAAUUAUAGUAAUAAUAAUGCUUUUAUUUUUAUACAAUAUUAAAGAUAAUGUUUUGAUGUGUACAGUAAACUCAUGAUCAUUUGGCACUUUUAGACAUGAUGGUUUCUCUGUAUGACUGAAUGGUAUAGAUUCCCACACACUUUAUCUCUGAAACUAAAAGUUAUUACGAAGAUAACAUCAAUCAUACACUUAUCAUUUUUGUCAGGAUUAUCUGACCCUGAUUUCAACCACUGAUAUAGCUUCUGAAUGCCAAAUACAUAGAUUGGACAUGAUUCCCUUCAGACUUUUCUGGUAAUUCCUGAAAAUCUGAAGUGAGUUGCACAAUUACCAGCUUGGAAUCCACCCUGAAUAGCGCUCAAUUUCACUAUUGUCUCACUAGUGAAGCAGAGCAGUAUUCAGGGUGGAUUCUAGACAAAAAAAAACGGGCCCUCUGCUCCUUCCUCUCCAAACAUGACAUCCAUUAGGUUAUUUCCUUAACUUCACAGGGUUUCUAACUCCACAGUACGAUUCCCACAAACAGCCAAAGUUGUUCUCAUGAAAGCUGCUUGCCCUAAAGUUCACGACAAUAGGUUUGACAUGCUUUAGAAGAGUUUAGUAGCCUGGAACCUCAAACUGAAUAUAUCGCUAUUUCACUGAAACAAUAGUGAAGCAGAGUAAUAUUCCAUUUGUGUUCCAGGCUCUGGUUUUAGUGGUCAGUAAUCUACACCACGCUUCUAUUCAUGGUGUUGCGUGUUUCGUCACAAUAUUGUUUUGAACGUUCAUUUUGGACUGAUGCCCGACUGAGCGUUCUACUCAAUGCAUCGUGGAAUGAGCGCUGAUGGAGAUUUAAUCAAAAGUGCAUUACAGUUGCUUUGGAAAUACAAUGACAUUUUUAAAAAAUGAGGCAAAUAAUUUGUAGGAAAACCAUUUGUCAUCACUUUGACGUCGGCAGAUGGACUUUAGAUGCAGUAUAACGUUAGCUAGCUAGCAAAGAUUGAGGGGAGGCCACCGGAUUUUAGUUAGCUAACGUUAGCAUUGCUAGCUAUUUUUGACGAACUUUGCUAGCUAAUGACAACAUUGCCAUCUGU